AUGACUUACUUUUUGUUCUGGGUUGGGAAAUCCAUGCUGAUUAAAUCUCUAGUGAAGUUUUUCACUAUGCACCAUCUAGAUAACGUUCGAGGCCCUAUUACUGUGGUAUCAGGUAAGCAUAGGCGGCUGCAGUUUGUGGAGUGCCCAAAUGAUGUUAAUGGCAUGAUAGAUGCUGCAAAAUACGCUGAUUUGGUGUUAUUUUGUAUUGAUGCAAGUUAUGGGUUUGAAAUGGAAACAUUUGAGUUCUUUAACCUUCUACAAGUUCACGGCUUUCCAAAUGUUAUUGGUGUCCUCUCACAUCUUGAUAAGAUCAAAUGUGAUGGACAACUAAAGGUAACCAAGCAGCGCCUCAGUCGUCAGUUCCGGAACGAAAUAUACGGCGGAGCAGAACUAUUCUACUUAUCACGUCUUGACAAUGGAAUGUACAUGGACGAUGAAAUUCACAAUCUAGCAAUGUUCAUAUCAGUUAUGAAAUUCAAUCCUUUGUCCUGGCAAACUGCACAUCCUUAUGUGCUAGUCGAUCAUUUUGAAGAUGUUACUUCUGUGCAUAUUGCUGGUGCUGGUGAUUUUCCUGUAUAUGGUAUUACAAGCUUAGCUGAUCCCUGCUCUUUACCAAUUGCUGCCAAAAUGAAGGGAGUGAAUGACAAGGAAAGACUCUUUUAUGCACCAAUGUCUGGUCUUUGGGGUCUUCUCUAUGACAAGGAUGCAGAAUAUGUAGAUGAACGCAACGAUAAUGAUGAGGUAACCCGAUCGGAGAUUGAGGGUUUCAGAGCAGGAACUUAUUUAAAGUUGGAGGUUCAUGAUGUCCCUUUUGAGAUGACUAAAAAUAUUGAUCCCAAUUGCCCUAUUCUCGUCGGAGGUAUCAGUCUCGAAGAUGAGAAUGUUGGAUAUAUGCAGGCGAGGCUUAAGCGACAUAGCUGGCAUAGGAAAUUAUUGAAGACAAGAGACCCAAUCAUUGUUUCAGCUGGUUGGAGACGUUACCAGACCAGACCCAUUUAUGCCCAGGAAGACGGUGGCAAUCGUUUGCAUCGAAUAGAUUCCACUCCCGAGCACACAGAUUGUCUUGCAAUGUUUUGGGGUCCUCUUGCACCUCUAGAUACUGGUUUUGUUGCUGUACACAAUCUGGCAGGCAAUAAGGCUGCAUUUCGGAUUUCAGCAAUGGGUGUCAUACUUGACUUUACCCAGGCUGCAGAGAUAGUUGCAAAGAUUUUGAAGAAGUGCAAUCAAGUUGGGACUCCUCUCCAGACCUUCAAGAAAACUGCUCCCAUCAAAGACAUGUUUACGUCAGAUCUUGAAAUUGAUUGGUUUAAAGAUGCAGCAAUUCAGACUGCAAGAGUUCGGGGGAACGUUGAAAAGGUAUUGUUGCCUUGUGCCAAAACUAAUUUCGGCGGGCUGUGUUUGCUCUUUCGUAUUUUUAUUUAUGUGCUUUAUCGGGUGUCUGGACUCUGGAUUCUACAACAACAGCUUGUGAUCCAUUUGCUUUUGUGAUGCUGUAGUGUAUGG